UCUUCUGGUGCAAUUUUGACAUUUCACAUCGGUCUCCUUGGCUAUUCCAGCUGUGUGUCGGAUAAAACACAAAGUAAACCCCAACAGAUUAAAAAAAUGGCCGGAGGUGGUGAUGAUAGCAAACUUACCGGACUCUCCCGCUACUUCAACGGCGAGACCAUGAGAGGACGAGCCAAUGUUGCGAAGGCCACCUAUGCGUCGAUCGGCCUUCUCAUUUUGUACUUUACCCUCAAGCCAAGCAAGAAGUAAUCGCAGACCGGGAAACGACAUUUGUUUGCACUACCGAGCAAGUCUAAGCGUUCUGUAAGCAUGGCAGUGAAAAUACAUUAUGCAACCAGUA